CAAGAAGCUAAGCUAUAGCUGCCAGUCUCUCUCCCCCUCUCUCUCUUUCUCUCUCAUGCGCUAAAACUUUGCUUUUUUGUUUUUUUUUCCCUCUUCGAUCUCCUCGAAAUUCUCACAAUUUCUCAUGAAAACAAUGGAGCCCAUCAACUCAAAGACUCAGAUCUUGAAGUAAUCUGACUUCAUUUUUAGAUUUCUCCUAGGUUUUAUCUUCGCUCAAGAUCAGUGUAGCGAGAACCAAAAAUGGGAAGGGGAAAGAUUGAGAUCAAGAGGAUUGAGAACACAACGAAUCGCCAAGUGACUUUCUGCAAGAGGAGGAAUGGACUCUUGAAGAAAGCUUAUGAGCUCUCUGUGCUUUGCGAUGCAGAGGUUGCACUUAUCGUCUUUUCCAGCCGUGGCCGCCUCUAUGAAUACUCAAACAACAGCAUAAAAUCAACCAUCGAGAGGUACAAGAAAGCAUGUGCUGAUAGUUCCAAUUCAAAUGCAGUUAUAGAGGUCAAUUCUCAGCAAUAUUAUCAGCAAGAAGCAGCAAAGUUACGCCAUCAGAUACAGAUUUUACAAAAUGCUAACAGGUGGCCUCCUAUGCACCUAAUGGGUGAUUCUCUGAGUUCUUUGACCGUGAAGGAGCUCAAACAGCUCGAGAACCGACUUGAAAGGGGCAUUACCAGGAUCAGGUCAAAGAAGCAUGAGCUCUUGUUUGCGGAAAUUGAAUACAUGCAGAAAAGGGAAACGGAACUUCAGAAUGACAACAUGUACCUCAGAGCUAAGAUAUCAGAAAAUGAGCGAGCACAUCAAGUAAGUGUUGUACAGCCUGGGCCUGAGUUUGACACUCUUCCAACAUUCGACUCAAGGAACUACUACAAUGUUCAUAUGCUCGAGGCUGCACCUCACUAUUCACAUCAUCAAGAUCAAACUGCUCUUCAUCUUGGGUAUGAAAACAAAGCUGAUCCUGCUGCAUAAAAAAAUUACUUCUUAAGCAUGUUUCUAGCAAAAGGUUUGUCUUGAUUACAAAAACUUUUGUCAUAAUCUUGUAUUGAUACUCAUGGAGAUUUGCCAAGACAGCCUUACAUGUUCACCUUUGAUGUGCAUUGGCGUUAAUCAUGCUUUAAAAAUGAUAGUUAAAGAACUUGUGACCUUCUGUUGAUCAAUAUUAUGGGCUUUCUUUUGUGAGAUAAUCUUGUAUUGAUACUCAUGGAGGUUUGCCAAGACAGUGUUAUAUGUUCACCUUUGAUGUGCAUUGACUUUAAA